AAAUCUUUAAGAAUCUCAUGUCUGUAAAAAAAAUAACAUCUCCUUAAAGUAGUAAAUGCAAUUCAACUAAUCGAGGUCAUGAAAUAAGAACAAUUUAAAAAUUAGAAUGUUUUACAAGUACAAAUGCCAAAAUAAAUAAGGUAUUCAACUCUAAGGGUUAUUAGUUAUUAGUGCAGCAAACAUCAGUUAACUUAUGCUACGGAUCAAUUUUAAUUCAAUAGCUUAACAAAUAAAUAAUUGAUAAAAAUUAGACAUAAUCAUGACAGAGAACAAAUAAUUAAUUAAUUACUUGAAGAGAACAUAAAAUUGAAAGAACAAAAUGAUCAAAAAAAUAAAUUAAUAGAAAUGUUAAUAGAUGAAAGAACAGAUGCCAAAAGAGUUACUAGCCUACAUAUUCCUCAUGAAAGAGAUAUUUAACAGUCAAAAACAAAUUUUAGACUUUUGAGUCCAAAUCAUAUGGAAUUUACAUUUUAUAAAAGUCCUAGUAGAGGCUUACCUAAAGAAUUCUAAAUAACUCCUUCUAGGAAAAUGUUUUUUUGAAAAAUAAUAAAUACUGAUAUUUUCAUAAAUAUUUGCUCUAUUAUUAUGCAAAUUUAAUAAAAUAUCAUCAUCAG